AUGGCUACAACAAAGGAAAUUAUUCCACUUCAUUUUUUGACAACUGGUUGGACAUAUUGGUUUGACUUAGGGAUAAACCAAGUUUUUUCCACUUCUGGAGUUACUGCAACACCUAUUUAUACUAUACAUUUAGUAGAAGAAUUUUGGGGAUUAUAUGAUAGUAUUGAAAAACAAACAUCGUUACCAAAAGGAAUUGAUUCAUUUUUCUUUAGAAGUGGUAUUGAACCAAAAACAACAGAAAAUGGUGGAAAAUUACAAUUUAAUUUACAAAUUAAUACUCCAAGUAAAGCAGCAUUUGCUGAAGAUGUAUGGUUAAAACUUAUGUUGUCUUGUAUUGGAGAAACAAUUCCACUAAGAGAUAAAGUAAAUGGUGUUUCAUUUUCAUUAAGAAGUUUUGCCAAAUUAACUGUUUGGUUGAAGACAGAUAAAGAAGAUGAUUUAAGAAAAGUUAUAUCAUUUAUGAGAACAACAUUAAACAUACCAACAGCCAUUGACUUCCAUUUCUUUUCUCAUAGAGGAAAAAAUACUACUAUUAAAGAAUUAAAUUGA